GGAGAGCUAGAGGAGAGGCAGGACGCUGCCACCUGCACCAAGAAAAACGGUGAUGGUGACACUCCCUCCUGGACGCCUGAGGAGGUCCCAGGUUUUUGGUGCGUCGGACCAUAGGGGUCCGGGCUCCGCGGUACGUCUAACUUUGAGGCGAAAUUCCCAGCACUUAAGCAAAAACGCACAGAGGCCGGCACGCGUGCAUUUUAGAAAAUGCUCAGAGCUUGUUUGACCUUUAGUAGAGUUGAAGGAGGAGUAGCAGAAAUCUCAGGCUAAUUUCUUUCUUGUCCUCCGCCGAGGAGGCAGCAAGGAGCGCCCCAGCUCGACCUUAGAGAAGCCCGAGAGACCCCUUAUCAGCCUGAGACCCCCGCGCCCCAGCAGCCUUUAAAUCGCGGGAUAUUCUACGCCCAGCGGGAGGCAGCUGGAGGUAAACUCCGGUCGCCUGGCGUAGAUAAAGUUUGGUCCGCUCCACUUGCCUGCUCCCUCCCGGCCGCGUUGACAGCUCCCUCCUCCAGCGGCGGGCGCGGGCGGGGAGAUGGCCGCGGAUUCGGCGACCCGCAUGGGCGCUUCCCGGCGCAAAGGGGCGCCACGCGCGUAGCUCCACCACGCUGACCUCCCGCACAUUCCCGCUGCUGCGCUGAACCCGGGCAGCAAGCGAAGGCGGGCGCGCAGAGGGGCAGGAGGCGGCAGCGACAGGGGCCCGCGGGUCCGUAUGGCCGCUGUCCGCCCGCCAGGAGUGUGCGCCACGGAGCUCGCCUGCGGCUACUCCGGCUUGAAGCGGCUCUGAGCCGCGCUGCCUGGGGAGAUCGACCUAGCCGUACGGCGGAGCCGCGGGCAAGAACCCGAGGAUCAGGAGGCGCCGGCUUUUCCUCCCUGAGGGCGAUGUGGCCGGCCGGUGCGGGCACCAAGCUGCCCUGUCCCCGGGACUCUGCGCUCCGGCGGGCGGCUUUCUCCGGGAACCUCACCGCCCUGCCUUCUCACCUUAUGCCCGCGGGCCGCAGCGUCCGGGUCUUCAUCAGCGCCAACCCUGAAGACACGGGAGCAGAAAGACAGGCACUAAGAGAAAAUGUGUAUCCUAAACUGAGAGAAUUCUGCAGAGAAAACUAUGGAUUAGAAUUUCAGGUCAUAGAUCUGUACUGGGGAAUUGCCGAAGAGGAAUGGGACAGCCCUGAGCUCCACAAGACCCGCAUGAAGCUGCUGGAGGACUGUUUGAAAACUUCUGCAGGAAUGCUAAGAAGGUGGUCACUAUGGCAGAUGAUGUGCAAAAUCACUGCCGUAAUUUACGAAGAACGAACCUUAUCUUGAAUCCGAACAGCUCCUCCCAAUUGUGAAGAACAUUGCCCCUUUCGACACAGGAUGUUCUGAGGCUGAUGGCUAGUGUUCACAUUACUAGGGAAGAAAAUGUCAUACUAUACAAUUAAAAGCUAGGAUGGGUGUAUCAA